CAUCAUCAAUCAUCAAUCAUCACUCUUGCUCGUUUGACUCUACACUCUACACGUUAGAACACUCAGAAACGACGAACAUAGACUACGACAAGCGAAACAGAGCAAACCACUAGAACAGCAAGCCAACAUGCCGCCCAAGGAGGAUUGGGAGAAGUAUGAGCGCAAGCACGACGAGAAGGAGGAGAAGAUUGUCGCCCUCGACGAGUCCGACAUCCAGAUCCUGAAGACCUAUGGACAAGGACCCUACUCCCUCUCGCUCAAGAAGAUCGAGGGCGAGCUCAAGGAGAUCCAGAAGCGCGUCGACGAGAAGAUGGGCGUCAAGGAGUCGGACACUGGUCUCGCGUCGGCCAACCUGUGGGACAUUCCCGCCGACAGCGCGAGGCAGGGAGAGCACCCUCUGCAGGUUGCGCGUUGCCAGACUAUUAUCCGUGCUGCCAACCCCCUUCCCGCGGACCAGCCCCUCAACCCCCAGGAUGGAGCCGGCGCGGGCAACCCCGACGGUGACCGCUAUGUCAUCUCCAUCAAGCAGGUCGCCAAGUUUGUCGUCGGCCUUGGCGAGCACGUCUCGCCUACCGAUAUCGAGGAGGGCAUGCGCGUUGGUGUCGACCGGACAAACUACAAGAUCCUUAUCCCCCUUCCCCCCAAGAUCGACCCCUCGGUCACGAUGAUGCAGGUCGAGGAGAGGCCAUCGGUCACGUACGCCGACGUUGGUGGCUGCAAGGAGCAGAUUGAGAAGCUGCGUGAGGUUGUGGAGCUGCCUCUCUUGGAACCUGAGCGCUUUGCCAACCUCGGUAUCGAGCCACCCAAGGGUGUGCUGCUUUACGGCCCUCCCGGAACCGGCAAGACGCUGUGUGCUCGUGCCGUCGCCAACCGAACUGACUCUACCUUCAUCCGAGUCAUUGGAUCCGAGCUUGUGCAGAAGUACAUUGGUGAAGGUGCCCGCAUGGUCCGCGAGCUGUUCGAGAUGGCCCGCUCCAAGAAGGCGUGUAUCAUCUUCUUUGACGAAGUGGACGCUAUCGGAGGAGCGCGUUUCGACGACGGUGCUGGUGGCGACAACGAAGUGCAGCGUACCAUGCUCGAGCUUAUCAACCAGCUCGACGGUUUCGACGCGCGUGGUAACAUCAAGGUCAUCAUGGCUACCAACCGUCCCGACACUCUCGACCCUGCCCUUCUCCGUCCCGGACGACUGGACCGUAAGGUCGAGUUCAGCCUGCCGGACGUUGAGGGACGUGCCCACAUUCUGCGCAUUCACGGCAAGAGCAUGUCGGUUGAGCGCGACAUCCGUUACGACCUCAUUGCCCGCCUGUGCCCCAACGCCACCGGUGCCGAGCUCAAGUCGGUUGCCACCGAGGCAGGCAUGUUUGCCAUCCGUGCGCGCCGAAAGGUUGCCACUGAGCGCGACUUCCUCGACGCCGUCGAGAAGGUCAUUCGCCAGGGCACAAAGUUCUCGAGUACUGCGCUGUAUGCCCAGUACAACUAA